AGGUUAGCCAAGCAUCAAAAGGAGGAGGAGUACAAAAAGUUCUUUGAGAUGCUCAAGCAAAUUCAAGUAAAUAUUCCAUUGAUUGAAGCCUUAAAGGAGAUGCCUGGAUACGCAAAAAUGAUGAAAGACUUAAUGUCCCGGAAAUUUGAUUUCCAUGACUUGGCUACAGUGACACUUACUCAGACGUGCAGUUCAGUGGUAACUAGACCUGUUGCUGAAAAGCUCUCUGAUCCAGGGAAAUUUACUAUUCCAUGUACAAUUGGAAACUUUGCUUUUGCGAAAGCACUCUGUGAUUUAAGGGCCAGCAUUAAUCUUAUGCCCCUGGUCAUUUACAAGAGGUACGUAAUAGAAAAGAAAGACUCUAAGCCACACCUGAUUCGUUGGGUGUUUCUGCUGCAAGAGUUCGAUCUUGAAAUACGUGACCGCAAAGGCACUGAGAAUCAAGUCGCUGAUCACCUAUCACGACUUGAGGGAGCUGAAAAUGCAAUUGAAGUUGAGGAAAUUCUGGAAACUUUUCCAGACGAGCAACUGCUCGCCAUCACUCAUCAGGAAGCGCCAUGGUAUGCGGACUUGGCCAAUUACCUGGCCAGUGACUAUGUGUCCAAGUGGGUGGAAGCUGUAGCAUUGCCCACCAAUGAUGCAAAAGUGGUGGUGGGGUUUCUAAAGAAGAACAUAUUCACCCACUUCGGGACACCACGAGCGAUUAUCAGCGACGGAGGCACUCACUUCUGCAAUAGAGCCUUCGGGUGGCUACUCCUUACCACCCGCAGACUAGUGGACAGGUUGAG